AUGUUACCUUAUUUUUUAUUGGCAUUACAUCAUAAUACAACUACUACUACUACUACUACUACUACUACUACUACUACUACUACUACUACUACUACUACUACUACUACUACUACUACUACUACUACUACUACUACUACUACUACUACUACUACUACUACUACUACUACUACUACUACUACUACUACUACUACUACUACUACUACUACUACUACUACUACUACUACUACUACUACUACUACUACUACUACUACUACUACUACUACUACUACUACUACUACUACUACUACUACUACUACUACUACUACUACUACUACUACUACUACUACUACUACUACUACUACUACUACUACUACUACUACUACUACUACUACUACUACUACUACUACUACUACUACUACUACUACUACUACUACUACUACUACUACUACUACUACUACUACUACUACUACUACUACUACUACUACUACUACUACUACUACUACUACUACUACUACUACUACUACUACUACUACUACUACUACUACUACUACUACUACUACUACUACUACUACUACUACUACUACUACUACUACUACUACUACUACUACUACUACUACUACUACUACUACUACUACUACUACUACUACUACUACUACUACUACUACUACUACUACUACUACUACUACUACUACUACUACUACUACUACUACUACUACUACUACUACUACUACUACUACUACUACUACUACUACUACUACUACUACUACUACUACUACUACUACUACUACUACUACUACUACUACUACUACUACUACUACUACUACUACUACUACUACUACUACUACUACUACUACUACUACUACUACUACUACUACUACUACUACUACUACUACUACUACUACUACUACUACUACUACUACUACUACUACUACUACUACUACUACUACUACUACUACUACUACUACUACUACUACUACUACUACUACUACUACUACUACUACUACUACUACUACUACUACUACUACUACUACUACUACUACUACUACUACUACUACUACUACUACUACUACUACUACUACUACUACUACUACUACUACUACUACUACUACUACUACUACUACUACUACUACUACUACUACUACUACUACUACUACUACUACUACUACUACUACUACUACUACUACUACUACUACUACUACUACUACUACUACUACUACUACUACUACUACUACUACUACUACUACUACUACUACUACUACUACUACUACUACUACUACUACUACUACUACUACUACUACUACUACUACUACUACUACUACUACUACUACUACUACUACUACUACUACUACUACUACUACUACUACUACUACUACUACUACUACUACUACUACUACUACUACUACUACUACUACUACUACUACUACUACUACUACUACUACUACUACUACUACUACUACUACUACUACUACUACUACUACUACUACUACUACUACUACUACUACUACUACUACUACUACUACUACUACUACUACUACUACUACUACUACUACUACUACUACUACUACUACUACUACUACUACUACUACUACUACUACUACUACUACUACUACUACUACUACUACUACUACUACUACUACUACUACUACUACUACUACUACUACUACUACUACUACUACUACUACUACUACUACUACUACUACUACUACUACUACUACUACUACUACUACUACUACUACUACUACUACUACUACUACUACUACUACUACUACUACUACUACUACUACUACUACUACUACUACUACUACUACUACUACUACUACUACUACUACUACUACUACUACUACUACUACUACUACUACUACUACUACUACUACUACUACUACUACUACUACUACUACUACUACUACUACUACUACUACUACUACUACUACUACUACUACUACUACUACUACUACUACUACUACUACUACUACUACUACUACUACUACUACUACUACUACUACUACUACUACUACUACUACUACUACUACUACUACUACUACUACUACUACUACUACUUGUAUGUGGUGA